AUGCCUUGCCUUUACAUCUCCACCAAUGUCGAUCUCGCCGGAGCCGACUCCGCCGCCAUCUUCGCCGCCACAACCUCCGCCGUCUCCUCCAUUAUCGGCAAACCCGAGAAUUAUGUUAUGGUGUUGUUGAAAGGGUCGGUGGCGAUAUCGUUCGGGGGGAACAAGGAACCGGCGGCGUUUGCGGAGGUGGUGUCGAUGGGAGGAAUAAACUCAGAAGUAAAGAGGCGGUUGAUCGCCACCAUUGGAAGCAUUUUGAAGGAGAAGCUGUCAGUUCCGCCGGCGAGAUUCUUCCUUAAAGUCCACGACACGACGGCAGGUCGCCCCGUUUCAAAAUUAUGA